CGCCCAUCCCGAUGGCUGGAGGCGUCUGAGGGGCGGACGGAGGCGGCGGCGGAGCGGGAGCGGGAGCGGGAGCGGGCGCGGGCGCGGGAGUGGAACAGCCGCCGCGGGACCGGACCGAGCCUCGCCGGCGCACCUGCCCGCAGCGCCCGCGGAGCGGCCCGAGCGCGACCACCUCCAGAGCGGCGGCCGAGGCGGCUGAGGCGGCUGAGGCGGCUGAGGCGGCGGGGCGCGGGCGCGUCAGGCGGGACGAGACAAUUUUUCAUGCAUUGGAGACCAGACCAGAAGCACUUCUGAAUUAAGAUCUCAGAUUCCUUGAAGUGGCAUUAAAGAGCACUAGGACCUGAAAAUGAGUGAACUUGACCAGUUACGGCAGGAGGCCGAGCAGCUUAAAAACCAAAUUAGGGAUGCCAGAAAAGCGUGUGCAGAUGCAACUCUCUCUCAGAUCACAAACAACAUCGACCCGGUGGGAAGAAUCCAGAUGCGCACCAGGAGAACGCUGAGGGGGCACUUGGCCAAAAUCUAUGCCAUGCAUUGGGGCACGGAUUCCAGGCUUCUAGUCAGCGCCUCACAGGAUGGCAAACUGAUCAUCUGGGACAGCUACACCACAAAUAAGGUGCAUGCCAUCCCUCUGCGCUCCUCAUGGGUCAUGACCUGUGCAUACGCGCCUUCUGGGAACUACGUGGCCUGCGGUGGCCUGGAUAACAUUUGCUCCAUUUACAAUCUGAAAACUCGUGAAGGGAAUGUACGUGUGAGCCGUGAACUGGCUGGACAUACAGGUUACCUGUCCUGCUGCCGCUUCCUGGAUGACAAUCAGAUCGUCACCAGCUCUGGGGACACCACCUGUGCUCUGUGGGACAUCGAGACCGGCCAGCAGACGACCACGUUCACUGGACACACUGGGGAUGUUAUGAGCCUCUCUCUCGCUCCUGACACCAGACUGUUUGUCUCUGGUGCUUGUGAUGCUUCAGCCAAACUCUGGGAUGUGCGAGAAGGGAUGUGCCGGCAAACUUUCACCGGCCAUGAGUCUGACAUCAAUGCCAUCUGUUUCUUUCCAAAUGGCAAUGCGUUUGCCACUGGCUCGGAUGAUGCUACCUGCAGGCUGUUUGACCUCCGUGCGGACCAGGAGCUCAUGACUUACUCCCAUGACAACAUCAUCUGUGGGAUCACCUCGGUGUCCUUCUCCAAGAGUGGGCGCCUGCUCCUUGCAGGGUACGACGACUUCAACUGCAACGUGUGGGACGCGCUCAAGGCCGACAGGGCAGGUGUCUUGGCCGGGCAUGACAACCGCGUCAGCUGCCUGGGGGUGACUGACGAUGGGAUGGCCGUGGCGACAGGGUCCUGGGACAGCUUCCUCAAGAUCUGGAACUAACGUCGACAGCAGGUGGACGUCGUGGCGACUGGAAGACCAUUCCAACCUUGAAGCGUUACAGUGAUAGCAUUUCCUCUCCACCCCUACUAACGUGGACGCCCUGCACCCCCUCAGAACUUCAAAAGGGCAAGGCCUUUUCCUUCACUUAUUGCUGAAACCAAGAGCACAAUUCCCAUUAAGAGAACCUCUGUGCUGUAAACUGAGACAAAAUUGUGCAUUCCUUCCGGGACCAUCGUCUUUGUUCUUUUUUGUCUGGAAUGAAUUUAAAAGGAAAUACCAUAAUAAACAUGUUAACCAGAAGGUAAACUUGAGUGUAAUUGUGAGACAGACACACCUUUUCACUAGUUCAUUUGAAUUUCAGGUCAGUGACCCUAUUUUGUGCUGUUCACGCAAAACAAGUGGAGGAUUUUAUCUCGUAACUGGUUCUAAAUUUCAGGUUGUGUUUGUAACAGGAUUUUGCAAACAUUCAUAUUUCCUUCUUAAAAUAUAUUCCUUUACGUUCAGUAGUUCAACAGAGGAAGAGGGUCUGGUGCAGCCUCUCUGAAAUUGUUAAUGAUGUAAACUGAGUCCCUCAGGUUUUUAUUUUUUGUCCUGUGUCACGUAAUUGUUACGCACAAACACGGCCUAGAAAGGAAGACAGACGCUAAUCAGGAAAGGAAGCAAGCACACGCCGUGGAUGGUCUUGAACGCGUGAUGAAGUCUACUCCAGUUAGGCACCUGUUCCUCCCCACCCAUCCUCCCCGCCUUCUCGGUUCAGUUCUUAAUCUCACAGCGGGUUUCCUUGUGAAGUUGGAGGGAAGGAAGUCCAUGAUAAUAGCCUAACGCUACCCUGUGCCCCGCCCCCAGCCGUCAGGAACCUCUGUUUUCAAGAGAGGCGCCCGUCCCGUGCUUGGAUAGUCAGUCAAUUAUUUGUGUAUGAAACCAUGUACAAAUCAAUGUUUUGAAAAUAAUGAUCUCAAACUUUCUAAGUUAAAUUUUAAAAAAUUUGAUCGUUUGCCAUAUUGGGUGGGUUUACUCUUAGAAUCGCAUGCUGUAGAAAUGCUCAAAAGUGCAUCCAGGACUCAGUCCUUAGAUGUUCUUUUUCUUUUAAGAAAUAACCUCUUUCAAGUUGUAACCAUCGCGGCUCUGUCCACUUCUUGCUGCCAUUCUGUGCACCGGAAGCAGUACAGCGAGCAGCCCCUCGCGCUUGGGUGGCAGGAUGAGUCACUGUUUGCUUUCUUUCUUUUAAAAAAAAAAAAAAAAAAAAAAAAGCCCUGUUGCAAAGGAUUGCCGUUGGACUCGGGGGCGGGGGGAGCAGGGGGUAGAGACCCGGCCUUCCUCUGCCAACUCCUCUUGGCCGGUCUCUGCCGUGGGACCAGCCUUCUGCAUCUGAGGCGGGUCGUCGUAUAACACCCACGCCUCCCCGGUCCCGCUGGAGGCCGGGGGACAGCGGCGCCGUGGGCUGCCUCCCUGCACCCGAGCCCGCGCCACAGCAGCAGCGGGGGCUUCUCUCCGUCCUGUUUCCGCAGCAUCCUGUACAGAACUGCGCUGUGCCGUGCAGUAGGCCAGGGGCUGGCAGGGAGAAGAAACACGAGCCCUCCUUCCCUCCCAUCCACACCUCUGUAGGAGCUCUCUGCACCCCGUGCCCUCACUGUAUUUAAUUUUAAAGUCAGUGUAUUGCAAGGAGGCUGGAUGCGAGAUAGAUACUAUAUUAAACUGUACUGUUAUUUAAGAUGUAAUAAAGCGGUUUGACAUGA